GUACUCAACAAGUGUCCAUCUUUUCUUAUUGCAGGGUGCCAGUGACCACGAGGCCUUUUACAGUGUGACAUGGAACGAUUAGCGUCUCGUCGUCGUUGCUUUGUUAAGCGGAACAUGAGAAUUCCAUUCACUCAUCCAUUCCCCCCACGCGCGGCCCCGAUGCCGCCUAAUUAAAUCCCCGAUGCCGCCUUACGCGCGGCCUUAUCUUGAAUACGUCAUGUGCCAAAUGGAACGUGACGCAUCCGAUCCAUACCUAGACGGUUGGGAAGCCGUCACUGCUGAAGCAAUUCGCCAUAUUGAAGAAAAGUACACGUCAGGCAGCCGGACAUCACUCGACAGUUGGCCCUCUUCGUCCACUCCGAGUGUGUCAGGUUUACCUUAUCUAUCCAGGAAGGAUCGCCCGAAAUCCGACUCGUGCGUCGAACCCACCUGUUUGCAAUUCGUAUUGCCAUCGAGGCGCACCGCUUCGGAAAAACUCGGCGGUCGAACCACUGUCACUUUCAAUCCUCACUGCCAACCCAAAGAAACGGAAACAAAUCUAGAAUCAAAACUAAAAGACAUACGUUACAUAGACGACAGUGCCAAGAGUUCAUUAUCUGCCAGCUUAACCGAUUAUCCUUGCUCUCCACCCCUGCCAGCAUCCAAGCCACUUCACCUUCCCGAAGAGAACAAAUUAGACGAGGAAACCGAAACUGCUGUUGCAAGUCCAACUACAGAAUCGUCAAAAAUCGGAGGAACCACAGACCAAUCUACAGAUUCGGUUGAAAUUAUCCAUAAUCAAAAUAAGCACGAUGUGGAUAGUCAAAGUGUCUAUUCUCUUUAUAUGGAAAAAGAUUUCAGAUAUUAUUUCCAGCAUCCAUACGCUCGAUUGUUUGUAUCGUAUUUUGUUAUAUUCUGCAAUUUCUUAAUAUUUGCCGAGGAUCCCGUAUCCCAUAGCCAUACAGAGAGUGAAAUACCCAUAGUGGGGAAUGUAUUCUCUUUCGUGGCUACAAAAUAUCCCGACGAAUGGGGAUGGUGCGUUUUGAAAGUAGCGUUAUGGUUGAUGGCCAUUCUCAUCGGACUUCUAUGUGGAAAGUACUUCAUUCAUCACGUGGUGCUUCGGCGAUGGUUCCGCUUGAAAAUGUUUCGAGACGAACAAGGCACUUGGAUGAUCAUGUACUUGACAGUUAUCCUAUUUCUUUUCUUAUUCUCUUGGAUUUAUAAUUUCUUUUUAAUAUACGCCCAUCCCGAACCCAGCAGAUAUGUCAUUAAUGGGCAAAUGGGUAUAACUAAUGCUAAUUUUAUGAAAGCGGCUGCGUGUGGCACCUGGUUAGGAGAUUUUGUUACUGCCUGGAUGGUAACUGACAUGAUGUUGCAAGACAAUUUAUACUCAGAGUGGGGAAGACCAUUCAGGUUAUUCUGGAGUAAACAUGGAAGAUUGAGAAUAUUCAUUUUCUGGUCGGGUGCCAUUGUUAUAACCGCUUUAGUGGUGGCAUUAAUCGUUAGCGAUUACAUAAAUUGGGACUAUUUAAAUAGGGAUUUCGUUGCUACAACAGAAUUAUCACGAGCUUUUCUUGCAUCUUUUAUACUAGUCAUGGAUUUAUUAAUUGUUAUGCAGGAUUGGGAUUUUCCACAUUUUGUUUGCGAUUUGGAUAUCAAAUUACCAGGCAUGCAUGUGGCAUCAUUCAAAUUUAAACUUUUUCAAAAAUACGUCAGCAUUCCGGACGUCGUCUUCCAUAUUUCAGGAAAAUGGUUUAAUUAUGGAAUCAUCGUCAUAGUAAUGAUAUUAGAUCUGAAUAUGUGGAAGAAUCAAAUUUUUUAUCAACCGGAAGCAUACGGUCAAUAUACAGGACCGGAUCAUCGUGUCUAUACAGUAUCUACACCAUCUAUAAUAGCGACAGGAAACGAAACAUUAUGGAGUUACAGCGUACGAUCUUUACCAAAUCCGAAAACCAACAGGAGUUAUACAGAAACAGACAUGCUAAUGAAUUCUCGAUUUUUGGGUUAUCCAAUGAAUGUGAAAGGGAUGGCAUUCGUUCCAUCUCUUUUGGCAUUUGUUAUGUUUGGCAUGUUAACCUAUGUUUACGGACGUUUUCCACCAAAAACGGAUGCCACAGCCGGCGGGAGAUUAAAGAAGCGCAAGAAGAGCGUGCCAAGAAGCAGCUGGAGAAGGGAACGAAGUAACAAAAUGCAAUACAUAAUAUCUAGGACUAAAGGAGAGAAGAAACAAACAAAACCAGCCAGUCAGUUAGCUGAUUUGGUUGUUGCAUGGGAGGAACAUACAACAACGUCCAUUGCCUGCGAGAAACCGUUAUAGUGUUAACAGUCUGUUUGUGUCACGAAGAUGUAAAAUAUCCGAAAUAUAUAUAUAUGUCAGUUGGAUAACAUAACCAAAUAACACAAAAAGUGAUUAAUUACGGGAACCCAAGUUCCUUCUAUGUUUAUGUAUAGUUGUUGAUAUUUUUGGAUGUGAACCGUAUUCGAUGUCUUUAAAACGAGACGAAAUUAUUUUCAGAAUUAUGUCACAUUAUACUUAUUAUAAAAACAAAAAAACCCAUCAGUGCCACAUCAAAGACAAACACUAUCGGUUUCUAAUCGCAUAUAUGUCGUCAGGUGUCGUGUGAAUAUACAAUUAUUAUUCAUCGAGUUAUGUAAGUCUUAUUAUAUUCCUAUGUGCUAUUUAACAAUAGAUAGUAUUUCGUUUUAGAGGUGAAUUUUAAGUAAUUUAAUUAUGAAU